GGAAAUUUGUUUUUAUUUGAAAAACAAGAAAAGAAGGGUUAGAAAUAACACUGAAGAAAAAAUUGAGGAUAAGAGAUGGGGAUAAUUACAGAAAUUAAGGGUUUUUCUAUAUUGCCCUUGAGGAUAUAUAGUACAGUUCACAAGAGAGAGAUAUUGCAUUAUAUAUUUUUCAAGAAACAUGAGGUUAAAGUGAAAAAUGGAAGCAAUAGUACAAAAGACAAUAAUGAUAGAAGUUUAUUUGUUAUAAAUUUCCCUAAGGAUAUCACAUUGAAGAAAGUGAGAAACAUAAUUACGAAUCAGAUAUCUGAUAACAGUGCAAUAGUUGAGGAUAUAAUAGUUAAUAACGAGUUGGAGAAUCAUGAUAUAAAUUUGGAUAAAUUGACAGAUGAAUUUAAUGAUAUAGAUAACAAGGAAUAUAAUUAUAAAGAGGAACAGGGGCAGGUGUUCAAGUUACCAAGAAACUGUUGUAUAAUUCGGUUUAUCGAUAAAUCUGCGUUGAAUUUAUUUUUGAAAAAUUAUCGAAAGUUGAUCAAAAUGUAUGAGAACAACCAAGAUAGCAAUAGUUUACCGUUAUAUCCUACUUCAGAAGAUGAAGAAAAUAAUGAGUUUUAUGGAUACAAGAGAUAUGUAAAUAAAUUGAGGGAACAAAUAUUGAAUACAGAAGAAUUGUUGGUUACUGUGAAUAUAUCGAUGAAUAAGUUUAAUAAUAAACAGACAAGAGAACUUGAGGAAAUGAAUAAAGAGGAGAAUUUAAUUGACGAAGAUGGGUUUCAAUUGGUGGUUUCAAAGAGCCAUCGUAGGACCAAAAAAACUAUUAUGGGAAAAGUGUCUAAAUUAAAAUUGAACAAUAAUAGUGAGUUGAAAAACAAGAUUGACAAGAUCAAAAAGAAAAAACAAAAAGAGGAUUUCUAUAGGUUUCAAAUUAGAGAAAAAAAGAAAAUUGAAAUGAAUUCGUUAUUAAAGAAAUUUAAAGAAGAUCAGGAACAGGUCAAGUUAUUAAAGGAAAAGAGAAGUUUCAAUCCUUACUAAACAAAACAAAACAAAACAAAAAGUAAAAGUAAAAGUAAAAGUAAAAGUAAAAGUAAAAGUAAAAG